AGCACACUAACCUCAAGAAGCAGCCCGCGUACCCCCUCAUUGAGGCCACAGGCGAUUUAUUUUGUGCGACAGCUUACGCUCAUUACGCCACCCAUCACGUGUAUAGAGGCUGCCGCAGCUCACCGUUUGCGAGCCACAAGUCAAGCCCCCUGCUUCAUCUUGGUGCAGUACCCAACGGCCCUCUUUGCGACAUCGGGCUCAUUCGUCAAAAGCCUUCGCGGCGAGCAAGCACGACCCCCGCUGACAAGCAAAUCCAAGCAAAGUACUCCGGAAACUUCAACAUCAUGUCCGACACGAGCAUCCAUUUGCAGCGUCUGCAGCGCGUGUGUGAGACGACCAAGAACUCGCUCAACAUCAGUACGCAGGUGGCGCUGGCCGGCGGCGUCGCUGCGCCUGCCACCAUGUACCAAAUGGACAUAUCCUUCCGUAGUACGCGCAACAAGUGGAGCAUUGCCAAACGCUACUCGGAGUUCUACGCAGUACGCCAGCAACUACGCAAGUUCCUCAAGCAGUACAAGCAACAUCUCGGAAGCGGCAUUGACUGCCCGCCCCCACUACUGGCGCUGGACAAGACGCUUGAAGCUGCCUUCCCACGCCGUCAUUUUCGCUGCGACAACAACAUGAUCAUCGCUGAGCGUCGAACGGCACUCGAGGUAUUCGUGCAGUCGCUAGUCAAGAUCAUCGCCAGUAUCCCCAUGACAGCUGAUGUUUCUGGUACUAGUAAUGCAGCAGCUACAGCUGAGGCCAAACAGUUACUGGCACUCUACUCGAUCCUACGCGACUUCCUUGAGUACCCGGACAAGCAGAUCGAAAGCGAGACCAAGCUCAAGUUGGCUGUAUUGUCGCUUGAAGACGUAGUUGUGGACUCUCGGAGCAACUUACUCGAAGCAGUGGAGGGUCUAAGCACCAGUGACUGUUGCAGCAUCUGCCUCGGCGAGUGGGAUGACGAGGAAUGCGUCGGCAUGAAUGUGGUCAAGCUACCGUGCUUACAUGCCUUCCACGAGGAAUGCCUGCUAGAAUGGCUGCAGGGUAACACUCACUGUCCAAUGUGCCGUGAGGAGCCCAGAACCACCGACUCGCGCGCUAGCAUGGAUGACAGUGCCACCUGCUGCCAUGACCACGCCAUCAAAGCGAAUGCAGCAGCUUGUACGGACAGGCACACAUUCGGCUAAGCUUGAGUGAAGAGUUACUAGCUAGAUAGUGCCCCCAUUGCUCAUUUAUUGCCAACGGAAAGUAAUAGAACUUAUUGUACUUA